ACACUUUUUGGAAUGGUGUGAUUUGAUUGGAUGGAGGAAUUGUAAUACUAUUGCGAGUGAUUGAUUAAUUAUCUUCAUUGGAGUCAAAUCAGAUUGUAGGACGUCUAUUCUGCUCAUUUCCACCUGCUGUGAAUUUGUAUGAGCAUCUAUCCACGUAUGAAAACACCUCGUAACAAUGUCUAAACAGUCACGUCUCGCUCGUCCAACCUCGGCGGGUCCGAGCUCCAAACUUCCCUCGCCCCGUCGCAACACACCAGCCGGGCGAUCCAGGAUUCUUGGCAUUGGUGAGAAGGCGAUGCGAACAGGAAGUGAAGGCAACAUAGCCAGCCAAAGAACUUUUGCGAAUGGAACAACACACUCUAUAACAAAUUUAAAAGAGGAUGACGAGGUGGCCCAACCCAGGAGCAGAAUCAGUCCACCUAAAGGGUCCACAGCAACCGUAACCCAGCAACAAGUCACACUGCAGAAGCCUCUGAAGGGUAAUCUAAAGGUGACCUCCACUGAAGACACUGAACAUCCAAACCGUAAACAGCAGGUUGUCUCCGCUUACAGCCCCGGCAAUCGCUGUGAUCCCAAAUCCAGCCGUGCAGGGGUUCCACGCAGACACACUGUGGGCGGGGCACGCGACUCACAGGAGAUCCUCGCCAUGCAGCCCUCAGACAUGGAUAAAAAACGAGAGGCCUUCCUGGAGCAUCUGAAACAGAAGUAUCCGCACCACGCCUCCGCCAUCAUGGGCCAUCAGGAAAGACUCAGAGAACAGAACCGGAGCUCUAAACAGAGUUCAGCGUGCCCAAGUCCAGUGCCUGUGCUUGUGGAUCAGGUGGAGCACGGCUCCCUGGUCUCUCUGGAUGCUCUGGAGGUCAUGUCUGAGUGUGACUCGCCCCUUGCCUUCACCAGAGGUUCCCGGUCCCGAGCUAGUCUGCCUGUGGUCCGCUCCACUAACCAAACCAAGGAUCGCUCACUAGGUGUGUUGUAUCUGCAGUAUGGAGAUGACACAAAGCAGAUCCGAAUGCCUAAUGAAAUAACAAGUGUAGAUACAGUCAGAGCUCUGUUUGUUAGUGCCUUCCCUCAUCAGCUCAACAUGAAGAUGCUGGAAUCACCCAGCACCGCCAUCUAUGUCAAAGACGAGACGAGGAACAUCUACUAUGAACUCAGCGAUGUCAGGAGCAUCACAGAUCACUCCUGCCUGAAGGUGUACCACAAAGACCCAGCGCAUGCCUUCAGUCAUGGAACCCGGACAAGCAAUGGGGAUGCAAGGGUUCACAGGGACAUGAUAUAUUCUAUAUAUGAUGGCCAUCCGCUCCGGCAGCCACCGAUGGGACCCUCUCAACCCCAGAUGCAGGGCUCCAUGUCCCCUACCACACCGCAAAACAUACCUCCUUCCCCCUCUCGUAUCCCCUUCGGCCCACGCUCUGCAGGUGGUGGAGUUGGUGGUGCCACGAUGCCACGUGAGCGAGCCGGACACCCGCUCCCUAGCCCUGCCCGCGCGGCCUCCCCCUGCCCCAGUGCCAUCCUCGAGCGUCGCGACGUCAAACCCGACGAGGAUGUGGCCACAAAGAGCAUGUCACUUCCUGCCCGAGCUGAAGGCCAUUACGCUGAUCCCUAUAUGUUACAUCACCAUGCCCCGCAGUCUGACAUAAUAGACCACGCCUACCAUCGUGCCACCAUGCGCUCUUACAGUAACCCUGUCGUUCCUAUGGAGCCGGUGGACCAUCAUUCGCUAUUCCAACAGAAAAGCAGGAAGUACACUGAUAGCCAAUUGCCCAUGCUUGGCUCUAAAACCCCACCCCCUUCCCCACACAGAAUGGGCGAGAUGAGAGUGAUGGAUAUCCACACUGGCCAACCACAGAGUUCUAUGGCUCUAGAGAGGUUCUCACCUAUCAGACAGUCAUUUAGGAAGGAGUCUCCUAUUGCUAUGGAUGCCAUGGUAAAGGCGAAGGGGGGCACGGGGUCCCUGCCAACCUCUGAUAUUCAGGGUCACAAUCCUCUGGCCCCCUCAGCAGAUCCUCAGACACGAGAGAGAAUGAAGGCCAUGGAGGAGCAAAUAGCCAGUCUGACUGGUCUUGUGCAGCACACUCUCUUAAAGAGCCACAGCAUUAACAGCAACAAGGAACACCCCAGUGAGAAACCAGUGAAGUCUGGAUCACCAGUUUGCAGCACAUCUAGCACAGGAGGUUCACCAGUAUUAGCACCAAAAAUAGCUGCAGCACCACCAGAAUGUAGCCCUGCCCCUACGCCACCCAAAGGCUCCACCCCUUUGCAAGUUAACCUUCAGCUUUUCAGAAAGAAUGUCUCCGAGCUCCGCCUUCAACUACAAAAUAUGAGACAACUACAGCUUCAGAAUCAGGAGUUUGUGCGAGCUCAGGUCAAACAUGUAGAGCAGGAGAUCAGUGUGAAACUGGCUGAAUUGCUGAGACAACAGGACGAUCCAGCACAGAAACAGAGGACACUGGUGGAAGAAGAGAGACACAGAUAUCUCACCAUGCAGGAGAGAGUGCUCACACAGCUGGGGGAUCUGGAGCAGUACGUGGACAAUCUGAAGACUGACUCCAGCUCUACUCUAUCACAGAGAGCUCUGACUCUGACGGAGGUAGAGGAGGGAGCCAUCAGCUUGUGGAAGGUGGGAGAGAACCUGGCUGGACUGAAAGGAGAGUUUCCAGCCCUACAGACGCGUAUGCGGGCGGUGCUCAGGGUGGAAGUGGAGGCCGUAAAAUUCCUCAAGGAGGAGCCGCACAAACUCGACAGCAUGCUAAGGAGAGUUCGAACCCUCACGGACACACUCGGCAACCUGCGCAGAUGUGCCACAGACGGCCUGCUCAAACCUUCAGACCCUGUUUCCUCAACACCCUCUACUGCCUCUGAAAAAGCAGAAUCAGCCAUUGUUGAAUCCCUUGAAACUGCCUCAGUCACAAUUCAGAGAUCUACUGUGAGGUCAGAGGUAAUGGCAUCUAAACCUGUGAUGAUCCACCACACCCAGACCUCUCUUGUACCUUCACAACAGUCCCAGCAAUCAACAGCACCUUCACCCAUUCCCCCUGCCACCCCCCAGAGACGAGAGUCUACCACUUCACCCACCAAACAUCUCGAAAUACUCUCAGCCUCACUCGAGCAGACACAAGUACAGAAUAACACCAGUAACGGAGUCUCUAGUAAUGGCAUUCAAUGGAAAGGACCUUCUCCCAACUUGUUCAUUGACGAAAUCCAUGCAAGUCACAACAAAUCCAAGAACAGGGCUGUGUCAAUAGAGGCCGCAGAGAGAGAAUGGGUAGAGAAGAGGCAGAACAUGGGUCAUUAUGAUGGGCAGGAAUUUGAGCGGAUGCUCCAGGAGGCAGAGGCCAACAUGCUGAGAGGCAUCCCAAACCUGCAAGUGCCCAGUGAACCUGAGAGCUCCUCUGCUUCUCCUGCAGUGCCUACUGCCCCCCUGGAGGAGACGGUGGAAAAAAAUGAGCCAAUAACAGCACCAACAGAACAGAGUAAGAGAAUAAAAGCAUAUGACAAUCAGCCCGAGCCAAUUUCGGAGAAGCCUACUAAGACUGCUCUAGAGAAACCCCCCAAACCACUGGAGAAACCAGUUAAGCCAGCUUCGGAGAAACCUCCUAAGCCAAGCCUAUCCAUCAAAUCCAGCCUCGAGAGACAGAGCAAGUCUCAGGAAAAAAUUGUCAUGCUUCAAAGUACAGAGAAGGCUAACAAGUCCCCGCCUCCACCUCCACCUCGAAGAAAUUACUCCACCAUGACUGGCAUGACCACCACCCGCUCAGGAGAGGUCAUUUACACCAGCAGGAAGGAGUCUGUCACAGCACAGGAGGGUGACGAUGAGCCCACCAGUCCAGUGUCUCAGCCCAAAUCAAAGACCCCUACAGAGCCAAAGCCCAAACCCAACACCCCUCCACCUAUAUCGGCCUCAGCCAUCACUGAGGAAGAGGAUGAGGGAGAUAAGAUCAUGGCAGAGCUGCAGGUUUUCCAGAAGUGCUCUGUUAAGGAGGUAGGGUUCAAGGUUUUGGUUGAGCCACAGAUAAGAGAGCUAAGACCUGGGGCCUUACUGCCCCUUAAAGAUAAGAAGAAUACAGACAACCAAGAAGACAAGAAUCCAGACACAGAUGAGAAUGGCAACAAAACAAUCCGUCAGAGUCCUGGGGUCAUCUACUAUGUCACAGCUCAGAUCUCAGCUCAGAAGGGGACGCCAUCAGCGGCAGAAGAAUCAACAGAGUGUAGGGACGCAAUACAGUCGCCCCCAUCACAGGUGUCACAUGUCAAUGAUUCUGACCAAUCCAAAAGCCAACUGCAGGUAUCCACUAAGUCUGGUGCCCUAAAGAGUAGUGCCCCAGUCAGCUCUUCUAGCUCUCUGUCCCAAAACCAGCUGACUUGUUCGGCCUCACUGAAGUCCAAUCCACCCUCUCAAUUGGAGGAUGUACCAGGUAGCCCAACUGAAGGGAAAGUCCAUGUGGUCAAGGCCCCUCAAGUGCAGGUUAGCAUAGAAGAGAGGGUAGAGUCUCCAACAGUAAUUUGCUCACCAGUCUCUUUUGGAGACACUGAACUCAUAUUUUCGAAAGCAAUCCCUGUUGGGUCAGAUUCAGCCAUUCAUAAGCCAUUGGUUGGCUCCUCUAAGGUUAGGGAAAGGAAAUUUGAGGAAAUCGAAGAAAAUUAUGAAGCAUUUCUAAGUCCUGAUCUGUCAGGAGAAGAGCCAUCUCCACCUCCACCUGAUAACUUUGCCUUCAUGAUCACUAAUACCAAGGUACAAGCCCUCUCCACUGGAGAGUACCAGCAGCUUGUCAAUGCCAAGAAAGGUAGUGUGCAGACUGUAACUUUUGGCAGCAAACAUCCAAGUGGUUCUGACAGUGGCUCAGCAUCAGAAGGUGAUGCCAACACCAACGGUCCCCCUGGUGCUGACAACACCAGUAAAAAGCCAGUUAUCAUCAUCUUUGAUGAGCCAAUGGACAUCCACUCAGCCUACAAACGCCUCUCUACCAUCUUUGAAUGUGAGGAGGAGCUUGAGCGAAUGCUUGCAAAAGAAAGGAUAGAGGAGGAGAGCGAGGAAACUGAAGAAGAUGAAUGGAAUAUAGGGGUGCAGGUCAAACAAAAUGGAGAUCCUGUACAAAGUACUGGUACAACUUCUCCAGCAGAUCUCACGGACAGUCAAGCCUCAACCUCUUCAGGGAAUGCAAAGCUAGAUGGUAAGAAGAAGUUCAAGCUAAAGUUCCCAAAGAAUCAGCUUGCAGCAUUAACGCAAGCCAUUCGCACUGGUACCAAAACGGGCAAAAAGACUCUGCAGGUCGUUGUUUAUGAGGAUGAGGAAGAGUCAGACGGAACUGUCAAACAACACAAAGAGACCAAGAGGUUUGAAAUAGCUUGUUCCAAAAGAGAGUCCUCAAAAUCUAAUCCCAAGGAACCAAACGGCCGAACCGAUGAGAUUCGCAAGAGUACUUACAAAACCCUUGACAGUCUUGAGAAAACUAUAAAACAGUUAGAGAACACAAUUAGUGAAAUGAGACCAAUAUCUUCUGAACACACAGAAAACUCUGAGAAUCCUGAAACGAAGGACAGCAAGGUUGGAGAGAGUUUAAGGCACACAGAGAAAGGACCAUCUCCCAAAAACUUGGUUCCCAUGUCUUCUGCAGCCAGCAGAGGUCCUGGUCUCCGAAAGAAGGCCAAACCACAGCUUCUUCCUCGACCCGCCAUCAUACCAACUGCAGGGGUCUCGGUUACACCAGUUCCCACUCAACAGAAUGCCAGUGUGGUCUCACCUACUAGUCGGAUGCCGGUGCCUGUUUCUGCCAAGGCGAGGCAGCAACCGGGCACCUCAGACAAAGAGAGGGCAACAAAACAGCAAAAGCUACAGGACUCUCAGAGGCAAUUCCGCCAGGCUAACGGAAGUGCUAAGAAAUCUGGAGGAGAUCCCAAAUCCACUUCUCCUACCAUGCCUGCUUCUAAAAUUCCUGCUUUUUCCCCCUUUAGUGCAGUGAAAGGCUUGUCCCAAUCUGAUUCUACUAAUAAUGUAAAUUCUUCCUCUUCUUUAUCUGCUAGCAAAUCCUCCAUCCCUCCACCUCGCUCCAGUUCCGCCUCCUCUCAUAUCCCCUCCCUCUCUAAUGGUUCUCUAAAAUUUGCCCCUCCCACUCACAGCACUAAAGGCCUCUCUAUUCCCACACAGACACAAAAUGGUCGACCUUCCACCUCUUCUUCCUCUUCCUGUUCCCACUCCCCUCUGUCCCCGACUAUGUUGAGUCAGAGUGCGAAGAGUAUCCGCACCAUUCACACACCCAGCUUCACCAGCUACAGUCGGCCGCACAACGGUAAAUCAGCUAUCCCGAUGGUAAACGCAGCUAAGGAUGCUGCGUAGAAUGCUUGGCUGCUCUGCUACCAUUUGCUUAUCUCUUAAAGGGACAGUACACCCAAAAAUGAAAAUUCCAUCAUCCUUUAGUUGCUUUUGUGCUGUUCUGAAACCAUAUGAUCUUUUUUUUUAUUUUUAAGUGGAAAGCAAAAGGAGAUGUUAGUCAGAAUGUUAGCCUCAGUCACCAUUCGCUUUUAUUGUAAGGAAAAAAAGAUGCCAAACAUUUUUUGUGUUCCAUGGAAGAAAGAAAGUCAUACAGGAUUGGAACAAUAUGAGUAAAUGAUGACAAAAUUUGCAUUUUUGGGUGAACUAUCCUUUUAUGGGUGUGGUGUCACUCCUGAUUUUUAAUUGUGUUCAUGAGUUGUUUUUUUAACUGGUAAUACUGUUGUAUCAUGUGUUCAGAGUGAACUGUUUUUUAUUUUGACUUUGCUUAUUGCAUGUCAACAUUUGUUCACAUUACAUUAUUUUCUCUGUUCAACUGAAUGAUCAUAAUCCAUUAUUAUACGUGUUUUAAACUUGAAUCUCUGCAUAUUCUCUGGACUGAAUCAUGAUGGCACACAUAUAAUGCUAAACUAUAUCCUUGAAAAAACUAAAAGAGAUCUCGCAGAGAGCAGGCUCUUGAUUUAGGAUUUUACAGAGCACUUCAUUUAAAAACAAUGAAUAUUUAUUUUUCAUAAAAGUUGAAGAGACUUAAAAGAAAAAAGUAUUAAUGAGUGAAUAUACAGUAUAGAAUUAUGUAAACAAUGUGUGAUUAAAUGAUUGUAGAUUAUUUUCAUUUUUACAUUCUCUUUUUAUAUCUUUUUCUCAUGCACUGUCAAUGUCUUUAAGAUUUUUUAUUUUAUUAUUAAAAUAAGUUUUGCAACAAAAAAAGUUACUUCUUUUCAGUUGUGCCUAUUUGCCCAAGUUGUUUGUAGACACAUCCUUGUUAGACACUACAUGUGCAUUUAGAAUAGUUUGUACCCAGCUUAACCUACCCAUAUUUAAAACUCCUUGAUUUGCUCAAUGUUAAAUUAAUGAAUAUUGAUGUCUAAAUGUAAACUAAAAAUUGUAGUGAUUGACAAAACUGCUCUGAACGACCCAUGUACAGUAUGUACUGUUACUUCUCUAUUUCAGAGAUUGUCUUUUGUUUUGUCUUUAUUUCUAUGCAUGCCUAUAUACAAUUUUAGAAAAGAGAGAAUGUAAUAGAAGAAUAUCAUGCUUGCACAGAUAGAUUUUGUAAAUAAAUAUGUUUCCUUUGGUUUUGUAUUGCUUUAACUGCAGAAGCAAUCUGUGCAAUAGAGUGUAGCUGUAAAACAAUAAAGUUGCUGCAUGCUUGUCAUUUA